AUGGAUUCACGUCAGGCGGCCCCAAACACCACCACCAGCUUAGCCUUCCGCCGCCACCUCAACCACCUUAGAAAGACGAUGCCUCACCCGAUUAGACUACACCCACCGCCGCCAUCGCGAAGGAUUCCAUACCUUCACCGCAAUUUUCAGCAGAAAGCAUCCUCCGAAGAAAUAGUCCGAACUGGUCCCAAAUUAUCUUUUAUGGCUGCGAGCGAGAGAAGAACUAUGAAGAAAAAAUCAACGAAAUAUCUAAUCAGAUCGCCAAUGAACUCCGUGGACGAUCAGGGCCAGCAUCUCGGACGAGAUGGCAUCUCAGAUAGUGUAGCAACGGAGAUCAAAGGGGCUGCAAAAGUCAAAAUUCGUUUUCCUCUGAGCAAUUUCACGAGCAGGUGGAUGCUGGUGGUCCUUGGUCGAGUGCGCGCUGGUCAUGCUUCUGUGAGUAUUGGCACUAAGGUAUACGUACUGGGUGGAAUUGGCGACAAACAGUACUUCAACGAUAUUUGGGUUCUCGACAUCAACACAUCCUUUUGGGCUCGACUUAAUGUGACUUGUCAAAAAUCUCAAGGUCGAUUUUGA